AUGACGGCAGCGGAAGCAAAGUUCUACAGGGAUGGUUACACCCACCGAACGGUGCUCUAUGACAGCAUGCAGGAUGCCAAGGCAGAAUAUGGUGGCUCGCUGAACUUCAGCGCAUAUCGUCAAGGCCGCGACAGACAGUAUCUGGGCGUCAACGGGAAGAAUUACUACGCCAAGCCUUGGGGUAAUGACUCCUCCAACAUCCAGGCGGUGAUCAACGGACCAUCUUACUGGAAGCGCGUGUACUACCGCGAGAACAUCGCUGCACGAUUUGCGCGCGAAGAUGCAGAGGCGGCGGAGCGAAGAGCGCGUGCUGAGGCUGCCGAGGCCUUGGCUACCGGGGCGGGUGAGGCGCCCCCCAGGCGGUCGCAGUCGGAGAGCGUGAUUCAGAAACCCAAGACUCUCGAUGCCAAGGAUGCCUACGCGCACAUCAAGGAUAACAUGAAGCCCUUUGUGGAGAAGCAAGGCAAGCCGCGCAUCAAAGGGUUGGAGGCUGGCGAGCGCCUUCACUUCUUCAACACCUUGCACAACAAGUAUCACAUGAAGGCUGGCGGCAAGAACUUGGAGUGGAACGUCUCCAAGCAGACGCAUCGAAGCACCAAGAACGAGCUGAACUGGAUCUUGUCCAACUACUUCCGGACCGACUCGCAUGCCGUCCUCAAGGGAUCUGGAAAUGACUGA